AUGGCCAGUACGGCGAAGAGCUGUAGCCCGCUGCGCUUCCACCCUGCACCGGCAGCUACGACAGUUUUGAUGCCAUCGAGAGGUCUCUUGGCAGCAUACCCAUCCAUUGUCGCCCGCAGUACAUCCUGGGCGCCCUGGAAAAUAUUGGCAACCUCCCUUGCCGAAUACGACUCGCUCCUGCGGGACAGGUAUGACCACAACUUCGACUUGUACGCCAAAGCCGUGGUGGCGAACGGAUCCAGCGUGGUCCAGAAUUUCAUGGAUGAAAAUGGCAACGACUACUUCACGUGCGUUGUGCACGAGAUCUUCGACAGCUGCGAGCACUGCAGACGAGAGAGCAUGGGAGGGAGCCUGCAGUGUCGCUACUGCGAGAUCUAUAACUGCGGCUGGGACUCGUGCGCUCCCGACUUUGGCUGCGCCUUCCACACCUUCCGCUUCAGGGAGAUAAACCAGUCAUGCCGUCCAGACUAUUCGCUCCGGGGCGGCAAUCCGCCAGAGCCGCCCUUUUGA